GGAAGAUUGUCUGGAAUGAUGAUAAGAAAUCUAAGACGAAUUCCGUUGAAACAAAACUACUUCGUUUUUAUUCAAAGGCAAACUUUUUUAACUAAGGACUAUCAGUGUAAUGGUGCUUGGAACGCUCAGGUUUCAUCGUCGGUGCUCAGCAAAGUCAAUCUACAUGACUUUUUUAACACCGUGGACCAGAACUAUUCCACCAAGGGCGUUAUUAGCGCCAUAGACGUGGAUGUAUUUGCAAAUUCUGUAAAGGAGUCAGUUUACCUUGACGAACUUAAAGAACUUCUCCACAAGUUGAGAUUGUCUGCAGAAACUAGAAACACUUUAGAGUCUACUCAUCAUGCCACCAUCAGGAAUUACAUCGAGUUUGGCAAUAUUGAAGAUUUGGUAAAAAUAUUGCAGGAUCCUCUUAACUUUGGUCUAUUUCUUGAUGCAUAUACUGCAAACAUAUUGUUAAAUAAGUUAAUAACAGCACAAAACUAUGAGCAAGCAGCUAAUGUUGCAUCUUUAGUGAUGCUUCAGGAAGACUUUAGCAAUGAAAUUACUUGUACUCUCUGCCAAUAUGCUUGCUACAAGUAUAUCUCUGGAUACACUCCACCGGAGCCUACUCCUCCACAAGAAAAACCAAAGAAAGUAGAAGAAGUGAAGAUAAGAAUAAAAUAUUUAAGAAAUCCAUAUUUUGAUGAUCACUUUGACAUCAAAGAUACAUUAACAGCAUCUGGAAAAACACUAGCAUGGAUUUCUGAGAAAUCUGGUGACAAUCUCAAUAACAAUCUUCAAAUCAUUGGUUUGAGCGUAUAUAAAAAAUAUGACAAAUUACUUGCUCUGAGUGAAGACCUCAGUAAAUCUUCAUUCAAGAUAUCUGCUGAAGUUCUUGAAAUACUUAAAAAGGAAUCUAAAAAUGUUGAGGCAGAAGCAAAAUUAGAACAGUGUAUUUCUGUUCUAAGCUCAGUUGGAACAGUUGAAACUUCUUUAGAAGACUCCUUGAAGAUUGCUAUUGAAAAUGCUAUCAAUAAGAACCAAAAUAAGGACAUAGCUUCCCAGGAACAGCUAUUCAAGUCUUGGGUAGAAUUACGGGAAAAGAAACUUCAAGAACAAACAAAGCGCCUUGAUAGAGCAAAGCGGCUUGAGUUCAUCCAAAAAAGUCAGACACAAAUGGCUGAGGAAGAGCAGAAACUGUGGUUCUUUGAAAAUGAAGAAAAUAUUGACCUACAAAUUGAGGAAAAAGAGAAGUUGGAGGAUAAAAGUGUAACUAAAAAGAAAGCAUUGGAGAAAUCUGAUGAAAAUUAUAUUCCACCUGAGAUAUUACCAAAACGAAGAUAA